AGAAGGAGCAGUUAGACAGGUGGGCGUGAGCGUUAUGAAGCAACAGCCACGGGGUGGUGUGACCCAAUCAGAGAGCAGGGAUAUCAGCCAAGUCUAUCGUCAGAUAGGAAGAGGGAAGAAAACUGAGAACCCAGAAAUGAAAAUCAGUGGUCCACGCCGACAGCCAAACGACAGAUAGAAGGAGCAGUUAGCAGAAUUAUUGCCGGCUCAUAUCGUUUCACAACCGAAACGAUCCAAAUCUUCUCAACGGAAAACCUGGGAGAUCUUUUCCACAACUCUCAAGAUAUAAAGACCACUGUCCUCUGAUCUACCAUGUCGGCCAAAGCCAUCUCGGAGCAGACAGGGAAGGAGUUCCUCUAUAAGUACAUCUGUACAUCUGCAGCUGUCCAGAACCGGUUCCGCUAUGCCAACGUGACGACUGAGACCGACUUUGACCGGCUGGCACAGGACCACCCCUGGCUGCUCACUGAGCGGCUGGUAGUGAAGCCAGACCAGCUGAUCAAGCGUCGGGGGAAGCUGGGACUGGUAGGUGUCAACCUGGACCUGAAAGGUGUCCAAGAGUGGCUGAAGACCCGCCUCAUGAGCGAGACCAUGGUGGGAAAAGCAAAGGGGAUCCUGAAGAACUUCCUCAUCGAGCCAUUCGUAGCCCACAAGCAGGAAGAGGAGUUCUACAUGUGUAUCUACGCCACACGGGAGGGCGACUACCUGUUGUUCCACCAUGAAGGAGGGGUAGACGUGGGGGAUGUGGACGCUAAGGCCAGUAAGCUUCUGGUAGGAGUGGACGAGAAGCUGACUGAAGACGCAGUGAAGAAACAGCUCCUGACCCAUGUCGCUGCGGACAAAAAAGCGGUUCUGGCCAGCUUCAUCGUUGGACUGUUCAACCUGUACGAAGACCUGUACUUCACCUACCUUGAGAUCAACCCACUGGGUAGGUCCUGUCAUCCAAUCCUACCACAACCAACACUCCUACCAACCUCCUACCACAGCCUCAACAUGAUCCCCUGGCAAGUCAUUCAAAUCAAGGCUGUUCUAGGAAGGCAUGUGUGCAUCAGGGCUGGUGUUGACCUGAUUAGCUCCUCAACAGAAUGUUACACUUCUUCUCCUGUCUUCCCUCUCUUUUCUCUCCUCUGUCCUCUCCAGACCCCAGCCUCCAGCAGGACAGCCUCCUUCUCUGAGAACAAGGCUGGCCGGGCCUCUGCUGCCAAGAAGGCCAAGUCAGGGGCCCCUCCAGUCAAGGCGUCAACCCUCUUCAGCAAGCAGACCAAGUCCAUCGUGUGGGGCAUGCAGACUCGGGCCGUGCAGGGCAUGCUGGACUUUGACUACACCUGCUCCAGGGAUGAGCCCUCUGUGUCUGCCAUGGUCUACCCAUUCACUGGGGACCACAAGCAGAAGUUCUACUGGGGCCAUAAGGAGAUCCUGUUGCCUGUCUAUAAGAACAUGGGCGACGCCAUGAAGAAYCACCCGGAGGUGGACGUGCUCAUCAGCUURGCGUCGCUCCGCUCUGCCUUCGACAGCACCAUGGAGACCAUGCAGUACCCGCAGAUCCACACCAUCGCCAUCAUAGCCGAGGGCAUCCCUGAAGCCCAGACCAGGAAGAUCAUUAAGAGGGCGGAUGAGAAGGGUAUCACUAUCAUCGGCCCGGCAACGGUUGGAGGGAUCAAGCCUGGCUGUUUUAAGAUCGGGAACACAGGGGGCAUGCUGGAUAACAUCCUGGCCUCUAAGCUGUACCGUCCAGGCAGUGUGGCCUACGUGUCCCGCUCUGGAGGCAUGUCCAACGAGCUCAACAACAUCAUCUCCCGCACCACCGACGGAGUCUACGAGGGAGUGGCCAUUGGAGGAGACCGAUACCCAGGCUCAAUCUACACAGACCAUGUGCUGAGGUACCAGGACACCCCAGGGGUAGAGAUGAUCGUAAUACUGGGAGAGAUUGGCGGCACAGAGGAGUAUACGAUCUGCCAGGGCAUCAAGUCAGGCAGGAUCACCAAGCCUGUGGUGAGCUGGUGCAUCGGGACCUGUGCCACCAUGUUCUCCUCAGAGGUCCAGUUUGGUCAUGCUGGAGCGUGUGCCAACCAGGCCUCGGAGACAGCCGUGGCCAAGAACCUGGCUCUGAAGGAGGCCGGAGCCUUCGUACCCAAGAGCUUCGACGAGCUGGGAGAUGUCAUCAAAUCAGUGUAUGACGACCUCGUUGGCAAAGGAGUCAUCGUUCCAGCUAUGGAGGUGCCCCCUCCCACGGUACCAAUGGAUUACUCCUGGGCCCGGGAGCUGGGUCUGAUCCGUAAGCCAGCCUCCUUUAUGACCAGUAUCUGUGAUGAGAGGGGCCAGGAGCUCAUCUACGCUGGAAUGCCCAUCACUGAAGUGUUCAAGUCAGAGAUGGGCCUGGGAGGAACCCUGGGACUGCUCUGGUUCCAGAGGAGGCUACCCAGUUAUGCUUCCAAGUUCAUUGAGAUGUGUCUGAUGGUGACUGCUGACCAUGGUCCUGCCGUCUCCGGUGCCCACAACACCAUCGUCUGUGCCCGUGCUGGCAAAGACCUCAUCUCUAGCCUCACCUCUGGCCUGCUCACCAUCGGGGACCGGUUCGGAGGGGCCCUGGACGCUGCAGCCAAGCAGUUCAGCAAGGCGUUUGACAGCGGCAUGUUGCCCAUGGAGUUUGUCAAUAAGAUGAAGAAGGAGGGCAACCUGAUCAUGGGUAUCGGACACAGAGUCAAGUCGAUCAACAACCCAGACAUGCGGGUGAAGAUCCUGAAGGACUUUGUGAAGAAGAACUUCCCCUCCACCCAGCUGUUGGACUACGCCAUGGAUGUAGAGAAGAUCACCACCGCCAAGAAACCCAACCUGAUCCUGAAUGUGGACGGUUUCAUCGGAGUAGCCUUUGUAGACCUGCUCAGGAACUGUGGUGGAUUUACACGGGACGAGGCUGAUGAGUUUGUGGAGAUCGGAGCGCUGAAUGGAAUCUUUGUCCUGGGGCGGAGCAUGGGCUUCAUCGGACACUACCUGGAUCAGAAGAGACUGAAACAGGGUCUGUACCGUCACCCUUGGGACGACAUCUCCUACGUUCUCCCCGAACACAUGUCCAUGUAAUCACGGAAACCAGGCCAUGGACCCCCCCCCCAGUUACCCCACCACCGCACCCUAACCUCCACCCUCACCUUUACUGUGUCGUGUCAGCCCCAAGUGGUGGGAGAGCAACAAUGAGGACUGAUAUUAUUAUAGAUGUGUCUUUGCAACAGUAAUAAGGACAACCCAUUUUUUUUAUUUUUUAUUAUUAAUACAGUUUCAGUUUUUUUAAUCAAUUAGCUGAUCAAACAUGCUGCGACCCUGUUAAUAAUAGCACGGCCUGCAAAACUUUGAAGGCGCACUCAGAUGUGUCUGAUUCUGCUAGAAAGAUCAAGCAAGCUGCAGAGAAUGAGAAAAGAGGCUCAUUCAUUAGUUGACCCUUAACCCUAUAGUGUGUGAGUGCAGUUAAUGCAAUUCUCUUCCCAAGAUUACCAGUAGGGAUACAGAUGAUUGUCUUCCGAUUUACUGCUAUUACUACUACUACUACUUCUACUACAACAACAACAACAGCUUCUAUACUACACCUAUGCCUACAGUGAAGUACGUUGAUGAGACUGUAUCUCCCACUAUCAUCUCUCUCCGUAAACCAAGCAUGUGUCUGUGUAUCAAAGACUUCCUGUGUGUCGCUGUGCAGUUCUCUUUCUUGAGUGUGUUGGUGCCAUAUUAAAAUCAUACGCUUUUUAUCAGGGGUGAGCCGUAGUGCAAUAAUACUAGCUACUGUUUUACAGUUAUAUAGAUUAUAGCUUUAUUUAUGUAUAGAUGUUUUAACAGCCGAGUAAAUAAAUGUAAUAAAGUAUUAGCAUUUUUGAUGUACUGUAAAUGCCCAUGAAACGGUUGUGUUUUAAACCGUAAGAUAUGUCGCUGACCAAUCACAUUGGGCUGUAAAUACAGUGAAAAGCUCAUCCUCUGUUCCAAACAGGACGGUGCCCAGGAUGCCAAAGGUACCAUAGAAUGCAGCAUUAUUUAUCUGAACGUUAUUAGCUAGACCAGCUCCAUUGUGACCGGCUAUUUCUUGUAACCUGUAUCUGUCCGUACUAUUUGUGUUGUCAUGUCAACACAAUUUGUUUGACCUAAUGUGAUUAGUGAACUGAACGUGCCUCUGUAAAGAUGUGUCGUAAUAUAUUUUCAGAACGGUGUGACUGAGUAUAUUAAAGAUGACCCAUUGAAACACA